AUGCCAAACCUCAAAUUCGCUAUUCUAGACGAUUACCAGGGCAUUGCGCCCCCGUACUUCGCCCAUCUGGAAUCUCGCAUUGAUAUCACCAGUUUCCCCGAGACCCUUGAUCCGCGCGAUCCCGUUCAGCACGAUGCUCUGAUUCAACGCCUCCUACCUUUUGAUGUCAUCCUCGCUAUGCGAGAGCGAACUCCGUUCGCUGCAAACACAAUUAACGCGCUUCCAAACCUCAAACUCCUUCUCACUACCGGUCUCCGAAACCUCUCCCUCGACUUGCAAGCCUUUUCCGAUCGCGGCGUCCCUGUCGCAGGCACUGAGGGCCGUCCUCCUGGUGUGAAUAGUACAGUACAGCAUACCUGGGCACUGAUUCUCGCAUCAGCGCGGAAUGUAGCACGGGACGACGCGGCAGUUAAGCGGGGAGGAUGGCAAGGAUCACUGGGAGUGAGUUUAUCGGGAAGAAAAUUAGCGCUUCUGGGAUUGGGAAAACUCGGGUCCCAAGUUGGCAAGAUUGGUAUUCAGUCCUUUGGGAUGGAGGUUAUUGCCUGGUCGGCCAACUUGACUCAGGAGAAAGCGGACGAGCAGGCUCAAGCACAGGGUUUACCCGCGGGCAGCUUCGUGGUAGCGGGGUCCAAGUCGGAGUUCUUCGCGCAAGCUGACUUUGUCAGUGUGCACAAUGUUCUCUCUGAACGAAGUCGCGGUAUUGUGGGUACUGCUGAGUUGGCGACUAUGAAAUCCACGGCUAUCAUUAUUAAUACCUCGCGUGGACCCUUGAUUGAUGAGACCGCGUUGCUGGACGCCUUGAAUGCGGGACAGAUUCGCGGCGCUGCGCUGGAUGUCUAUGAUCCGGAACCACUGCCAGUGGAUAGCCCUUGGCGCACUACCGCGUGGGGUCAAGAUGGACGUAGCGAAGUACUUCUGACUCCUCACAUGGGAUAUGGAGAGGAAGACUUGCUCCGAGGAUGGUAUAAAGAGGUUUCGGAGAACUUGGAGCGAUGGUUGGAUGGAGAGACCUUGUUGCGCAAGUUGAAUUGA